UUUUGGCUCGGAGCGGGUUUGCUUCGAUGUAAACUGUCUUUUAACCAGUCAGUGCAGUUUUUGCAGAGGCAGGAAGGCGCUGGAGUUGUUGUUGCUGCCGCCUGUUGUACGCGCUAGAAUGUAGUGAAUCUGUAGCCUUUUAUUUUUUCUGUGUUUUGCAAUAUGAAGAAUGGAAGAAGACGAUGUUACUAUCAGAGAGCAGAAUUUUCACAGCCAAGUUCGAGAGUACAUCAUUUGCUUCCUCCUGUUUGCCGUCCUCUACAUCGUCUCCUACUGCAUCAUAACCAGAUACAAGAGGAAGAGUGAUGACCAUGAGGAUGAAGAUGCUGUUGUCAACAGGAUAUCGUUGUACUUGUGCACCUUCACCCUGGCAGUGUCAGGUGGUGCCGUCUUCCUACUGCCUUUCUCAAUCAUUAGUAAUGAGAUCCUCCUCUCCUUCCCCAAAAACUAUUACAUUCAGUGGCUCAAUGGCUCCCUCAUUCACGGUCUGUGGAACCUGGUGUCACUCUUCUCCAACCUUUGCCUCUUUGUCCUGAUGCCCUUUGCCUAUUUCUUUUUGGAAUCUGAGGGAUUUGCAGGAUCGAAAAAGGGCAUUAAGGCACGUAUUUUGGAGACGUUUGUGAUGCUUUUCCUGUUGGCUUUGCUCAUUCUGGGAAUUGUGUGGGUGGCAUCAGCCCUCAUUGACAAUGAUGCGGCCAGUAUGGAGUCACUUUAUGAUCUUUGGGAAUUCUACCUGCCAUACCUCUAUUCCUGUAUAUCUCUGAUGGGAGGAUUGCUUUUGCUAAUGUGCACCCCUGUGGGAUUGUCCAGGAUGUUCACUGUCAUGGGCCAGUUACUAGUGAAGCCAACAAUCCUGGAGGACCUGGAUGAGCAGAUUUACUGCAUCCAUUUGCAGGAGGAAGCCCUUCAGAGGAGAUUAAACGGAUCUUCCACACACACUUACACCCGAGGAAGCUUAACUCACCAGCUCAACAAAGAAUUGGACAAUAUUAGAAAUCAGAGGAAUAAACUGGAGAGAAGAAAGAAAGCAUCGGGAUGGGAGAAGAACUUGCUGUAUCCCAUAGUGAUGCUGAUCUUGCUCGCAGGAACGACAAUCUCAGUUCUUAUGGUGGCUCUGAAUAUCCUCUACCUUCUAGUGGAUGAGACGGCCAUGCCCAAAGGAUCCACAGACCGAGGGAUUGGGAACACCUCUUUGUCCACGUUUGGCGUGGCUCAGGCAGCGCUGGAGAUCAUCCUCAUGUUCUACUUGAUGGUGUCUUCUGUCGUUGGCUUCUAUAGCCUGCGUGUCUUCGAGGGACUCACUCCCAGGAAGGAUGACACAACCAUGACAACGAUCAUUGGUUGCUGUGUGUCCAUUUUGGUUCUAAGUUCAGCCCUACCAGUGAUGUCCAGAACUCUAGGUAUCACCAGGUUUGAUCUUUUGGGAGACUUUGGGAGAUUUAAUUGGCUGGGAAACUUUUACAUCGUCCUUUCAUACAACCUGCUGUUUGCGGUCGUGACAACACUUUGUCUCGUGAGAAAAUUCACCUCAGCAGUUCGGGAAGAGCUCCUAAAGGCCCUAGGUCUGGAUAAAUUGCAACUGUCAAACAGCCCCACAGACCCUGAAUCUGGGAAGCUCUCGGCCAACGGGCAUCAGAAAACUCUGUGAAAGGGACGAUAGAUCAACACACACACACACACGACACACACACACACACACGUUAGCACAGCCAAAGGGAGAUUUCGACAGUACUGCCUGACUGCUGAAAGGUGAAAAGGAUUGGAAGGAACUUAAUAAACCCAGGCAGUGUCUGACGGAUGCUGCAAAUGGAGGCUGAGAGCAAUUUAGCUUCGUGACAUUCCAUCCUCUGCGUCUCGGAUGGAAGCUGGGACAGAGCCAGAGCUGAGACUGAGGAGUGAAAUAGACUGGCAUCACUGCAGUGACCUUGAUGUUGACCUCAACCACGACUGUGACUUCAAACCACCCAUCUCUUGCUUCAGGAGCAUUCUUCCCCCCCCUAGCAUUGCUACCUGGUAUUCUUCGACAACCUUCACACCGCUGCACUAGUCAAAAGAAGGAGGGUAAAGUCUUACAAAUCCGGCUCUGUACUCGGUAACAUAAAUACACCCACACAUUUCCGUUAAAAAAUGUCAGUAUGUGUAGUCAGUAUGUCAGUGAUACACGGCGCACUUGCAGUUAACGGUCCUCGAUCGUUGGGUUUUGAUCGAUACGUGAACUGAUACAGGCAUGAUAAGGUGUCAAUUUGCCAUUUUUGAUUUAAGCUCAAAAUGUGAAAAUAACAAAAUGCGCUUUGUGAAGCAUGACAAUAAUUCAUUUGUUCACACUCAUCCCGGCCAGCACAUAAAACCGCACGGCAUCGAUACAGUUCACAUUAUAUGCAUUGGCGCUGUCAUUCUUAAUGAUAGGCGUCUGAUUUUAGCACUCUCGCUGUCAUUCGUCUUUUUAUCUGGCUUUACUCAAGUGCGCUUUAACUUUAUUGAUGAUGUCAUUAGUUUGUAUGAAGUAGGGUAAGAACUUUUUUAGGUGCUCUAGAUUUGACUCGAGCCACUCUACAAAUGGGAAACUAUAUGGGAGCUUUAUCCACUUCAGUUCCAAUGAGCAAAAUGCUUUAGUGCAUUUCAAGCUAAUCCUGAGUUUGUGUUUCCUAAAAUGUUAUUAUGCACAUGCUAAGAAAAUGUCAGCACAUUUUUUUGCUUAUCCCCCCCCCAAAAAAAAAAAUUACAGGGCACAGAAAAUUGUCACCUUUAUUUGUAAAUGUUGUAUUCAAAUGUACAUAAUGUGUUGUGUUUCAUAUCUCUUUUUGCAUUGUUUGGAUGCAGAUAUUGGGCUCUCAGUGAGUCCAAUGAAGGUCUGACUCACUAGGCAUUCUGUGUUUUUUUUUUUUUUGUACAUAUAUUUUUUUUUAUAAAACACCUAGAUCUAAUGCAAACCUGUAACAGUCUUCACACACAGAAUGCAUGAGUGGAAAACAUCCAGCUUUGGAGCCAGGAGAAAGACUUGGUGACUCAGGCCCCUUUUACAUGUUGUAUUGCUGCAUAUUCUUCCAAACUGUGAUGUUCUUUGUCUCCAGAACCACCUUAAAUGCCUUAUACGACAAGCAUCUCGCAGGCUUCAUGUUAAGGUUGUUUCUUGUUCUGUGGAGUUUGUUUAUGCACGUGCACAUGUGCAUUGUGAGUCUCUAGACAGUUCCACUGUGAUCCCCUGUAUGCCCACCGAGUUUCUAGUCUAAAGCCAGCUGGAUGUAACACACAUUUCUUUUCGCCAUGAAUGUUGUCACAGCGGCUCCAUUUUGAGACUCAUGAUACUCAUAAAACUUGAGCACUUGCUAGGAUAGAGUUGAGUGAUCUGAUGAUGUUAUUUUUAUGGUGUUAUAGACGUCGUUUGUUUUCAUGGUAACUAAAAAUGACCUGAUGAUGAAGGAAAACUGAAUUUAUAUAUGCAUUUGAAAUGUUUGUUUCUCGGGACAAAGAAUGUUUUACAUUGAAACUGUCUUUAAUUGGAUGAUGCUAUAUUACAAAGACUGGAUUAAAAAAAAUGUGCAACUGUCAAUCACUGAACUCAAAUUGGACCUAAGGAUGUUUUGUAAAGGGUGAUCUAUAUAUAAAAUGGCUCUUACCAUCCUGAAACCAAAGCAGGGCGAAGUUUCUGAUUUUGAAAGAUUUAAGGAGAGCAGAUUUACUGAAAUCCUAUACUGGCAGAGACAUUUGUAGAUUUUUGUUUCAUUUUACGUGUGUCUACAGCUGUUUUAUUGACAGUAAGACCAACCUGAUCUUGGGGGACUGUGAAAAAAUCUAAAGCAAUCAGAAUGAUACUGUAACUUGAUAAAAGAGAAUAAUAUCAGCUAAGUUUAAUUUCUUAAUCUGGAUAAACUACAGUUAAAUCUGGCUCAGAGUGGAGUGUUUUAUGCUAAAUCAUAGUUGAGCUUACAUCCACUCAGCUACAGACUGCAGUUAAACUGGACAAUACACAGCAGGGAAGUGUUUCAAAACAUCACAAUCAUACUCCUCUGAGGUGAGAACUGACGGCCAUUUUCUAUUCAAGUACCCUUUUUCUGGUUGCCUUUACAGUACAUCUCCGGAUUGUGUGGGGGUUAUGACAAGCUGAGAGUUGACCUGUACUGUAAGUAAAGCAGCUUUUAUUUCUGUCCGUGUGUCAGUCGAUCUGCAUGUAAUUUUUGGUACAUGUUUUGUGAAUGUAUUUUUUACGAUUUCUCAGUUUGCUAAAUGUAAGUUCCGUUAUUUUUGAUGUUUGUGUGUUUGCAAAUAAAAGAAAAUGCUUCAA